AACCCUUCCUUCUCUCCAGAGAUGCUGCUUGUCCCGCUGAGUUACUCCAGCUUUUUGUGUCUAUCCUUGUUUGUGUACUUGUUGUCUGGUGUUGUUUCCAUUGUGCCUGGAUUGUAUUGGUGCUGCUUUCCACAUUUGCAAAGAACUUAAAAAUGUCAUUAUCAUUGGUGCCAGUUCCCACCAUGCUGUCAAUUUCACAUGGUCCAUAUCUGAUUUUUCAUUUUUCUUGACAUCUCUAUCUCCAUUUCCAAAGAGGUCGUUGGUGGAGAAGCUUUCUCAUAUUUGGCUGUCCUCAGAACCCUCUCCAUCUUGCAUGUGCUGCACGAUGCCAUGCACGCCGUUGUUCUAUGAACCCAAGGUGGUAAUUUUACAGUGACAGCAAGAGCGGGCUGUCACUUUAAGGGAAGGUGCUGCCUGCGCGGUUACUUUAAGAAGAGCUGUCUUUCAGAACUAACACUUCAAUGGAACGUCAAGUUACUGAACUUGCAACCUAGGACGGAGGAAACUGUAGUGUUGGUCCUUCAGGAGAGUGUAUUUUCUGUCACUUCAGACAGAAGAGGAGUUACUCUCUUGUCAGUCUGCAUCGAUGACUGUGCACUUGUGUGCAGGUUACUGAGGCUCUACUGUAGCUUCCGGGACCGGCCUGCGGAGAGCCCGGACACGGGCGGCGGAGAUGCUGCGCUCACUGGUGCUGGGCGCCGCCUGCGCUGCCGCCGCCGCGCUGCUGCUACCCUCCGGCGUGUGGCGGCUGCUGAGCCGCGGCCUGACGCGGUGGUCGGAGCCGGAGGCGACUUCCCUGCACGGCCGCCUCUUCAGCAAGGCCGAGCUGAGCCGCUACAGCGGCGGGAAGGGCAGCCCAGGACUGUAUCUGGCCGUGCUGGGCCAGGUGUUCGACGUGAGGAAAGGCAUCAAACACUACGGGCCGAGCGGCUCCUAUCGCUUCUUCGCAGGUCGAGAUGCCAGUAGAGCUUUUGUGAGCGGUGAUUUCACUGACAGUGGUCUAGUGGAUGACGUAACAGGACUCUCCCCCACUGAAAUGCUCUCUCUCCAGGACUGGCUCAUCUUCUAUAAGAGAGAAUACAUUUAUAAAGGCAGAUUAGCUGGAACAUAUUAUGACCAUAAUGGUGAACCAACCCAAGCCCUCAUCCAUGCAGAGCAGGUCACAGAGCAAGGAAGGAAACUGAAGGGAGAGUCUGAAUUGGAAAACAAACAGUUUCCUCCCUGCAAUUCGGAAUGGACUUCCACCAAAGGCGGCAGAGUUUGGUGCUCGACUUACAGUGGAGGAAUAGAAAGGAAUUGGGUUGGAGUCCCACGCAAAUUGUACACGGCUGGAUCCAAGAACCAUCGCUGUGCCUGUGUGCGUACAGACGGCCCUGCAUUGAAUCGACCUGAUUCAGCUCACUCCAGAGGGGACCUGGACAACCCUGCCCUGCGAGAAUAUCCAGGAUGCCACAGCCUUUCACACUUUUGUGCCAUUGUGGAUGAAUAGUGUUCUCUUGUCGGCCAGUAUAGAGGCCAUCAAUAUUUAAACUUUUAUAUAAAUGGGUGGCGGGGGAAAAAAAAAAUCAGUCAAGGAGAAUAUUCCUUUAUGGGUAUUGUUCUUGAUGCUUGACUGAAUAAUAGUGCCAAGAUCGUAUUGAGGGUUUGGAGGGGAACAUGUAGUUUUGUUUCCAAUGAAGUUGAUUCCUUGCAUUAUCCUUUCCCCAUGCAGUCUUGAGUUCCGAAACUGCCUCUGAUGUUAAACAAAUUCUUGCAAAACAAAAUGUAGAAAAGUGGGCAGCAAUGUCAUCAAUAGUCAUGAGAGUUUCUGAACUCCAUGAUUCACCAUUGCUCAUCAUAAAUCAAACCCACUAUUGAGGCCUCACCCUGUUAUUCACAUUUUGUAGUUGAGUCACUCUCCUCAAUGCCCAUGGACCAGAGUUGGAAAACUUAUGGUGCAACAGGCAGAAUCAGAUGCUGUAACUAAUGUGCACGGCAGUGAAUCAACACAACUGAGCUCCCAGGAGAUCUGGACUAUCCUGCCCUGUAGACAUACUUGUGUUGUGACCCUUUAAGAUUCACAUUAUUGUGGGUGAAGUUUAAAUAAAAUUAUCAAUGCAAAACCGUUUUACUAACAGAGGGCUGAUUGUAUAGUUUUUUUUCUAAGAGUGCUUAAUAGAAAUGGCUGUACUUUUCUUUCAAGGGCAAGAUGAAGCCAAAUUAUGCAUUUCAUUUUAUACUCGACUCAGGUGACCACUUGUACUUUAUCGUUUGACUUAACGUUCUGGGUGCCAAAUUACAUAGCUGCUCGUGCUUUUUCAUUGCUUUAUUUUUGUUGGAUUUCCAGCUGCUGCUGUGGGUUUAUUAACAAAUUACUGCACAGAUUGCAGCUGAAUGAAACUGCUGCUGUGCACAUAGCCAUCUCUGCUCUUGAAAGCCUGCAAGUUGACCCUUUGAUAAAUUUACUCAAGGAUGCUAGAGCCUGCAAUUCUGAGCUACUUGCAGCUAGUCCCAAUUCCAGUUGUAAUAUUUUUGAUUCCCCCCCCCCCCCCCACCCUAAAGAUAAGCAUCGAUCUUCAUAAGGUGGCUUUAUCACCUUGGACAGGUUGUGGUAUAUAAUACCAUGAGACGAAAAGGAAGAAUUGAAGUAUGCAUUGCUUCUUCCUGGAUAUGUACACCUGUUCCAUCUGUGAACAAUCAGGCUUAAGGCUACUUGUCCUCCAUUCCUGAGAGAGAUUGUACUGACCAUGACCAAAAGUAAUGGCAUUAUGGCAUGAUACUCAGCACUGUGGGAUGUUAAGUACUGAUGUUAAGUUUGCUGUUCAAACGAAUAGGCACUGUAAAUAUGAAAAUUUUAUAUUUUUCAUAAUGUAGGCAACCAGAUGCAAAUUAAAUUUACUGUUUACUGUA